GGCGGGAGGGGUGGUGCGGCGCGGCGCGGCGCGGGUCUGGUGGCGGCAUCACAGACACCUGCCCGCUGAGGAGACUGCCCGCAGCCCGCGGGAGCAUCGGCGGCGAAGGUAGCCCCCAACUUUGCUGCGCCGCAGGAAGUCCCUCGAACCUGGCCGAAGUGGGACCGGGGAUUCUCCGUCCGCUACCCUCUGCGCCGUCUGGGGGCGAAAAUGCCGAAGAAGAAGCCCGGGCCGAUUCAGCUCAACCCCGCUCCGGAUGGAUCCGCCGUCAACGGGACCAGCUCCGCAGAGACAAAUUUGGAAGCACUUCAGAAAAAGCUGGAAGAACUAGAGUUGGAUGAACAGCAGCGAAAGCGUCUCGAAGCAUUCCUUACCCAGAAACAAAAAGUUGGAGAGCUAAAGGAUGAUGACUUUGAGAAGAUCAGUGAGCUGGGAGCAGGAAAUGGUGGGGUGGUCUUCAAAGUAUCUCACAAACCUUCUGGUCUCAUAAUGGCAAGAAAGCUAAUUCAUCUAGAGAUCAAGCCAGCUAUUCGAAACCAGAUCAUUCGUGAGCUGCAAGUUCUACACGAGUGCAACUCUCCUUACAUAGUGGGCUUUUAUGGAGCUUUUUACAGUGAUGGAGAAAUCAGCAUUUGCAUGGAACAUAUGGAUGGUGGCUCCUUGGAUCAAGUGCUGAAAAAGGCUGGAAGAAUUCCAGAGCAGAUCCUGGGCAAAGUUAGCAUUGCGGUAAUAAAAGGACUCACAUACCUGAGAGAAAAGCAUAAAAUAAUGCACAGAGAUGUUAAACCAUCUAACAUUUUGGUAAACUCUAGAGGUGAAAUCAAGCUUUGUGAUUUUGGUGUCAGUGGGCAACUGAUAGAUUCUAUGGCAAACUCGUUUGUUGGCACACGCUCCUACAUGUCUCCUGAAAGACUACAGGGGACCCAUUAUUCAGUGCAAUCAGACAUAUGGAGUAUGGGGCUGUCUCUGGUAGAAAUGGCUAUUGGCAGGUACCCAAUCCCUCCUCCUGACUCCAAGGAGCUUGAGCUAAUGUUUGGCUGCCCUGUAGAGGGAGAUUCUCCAGUCACAGAGACCUCACCCAGGCAAAGAACACCUGGUCGGCCAGUCAGCUCUUACGGACCAGACAGCAGACCCCCAAUGGCGAUCUUUGAACUUCUGGAUUACAUCGUCAAUGAGCCACCUCCAAAGCUGCCCAAUGGUGUGUUUGGUUCUGAAUUUCAAGAUUUUGUUAACAAAUGUUUAAUUAAAAAUCCUGCUGAGAGAGCUGAUUUGAAGCAGCUGAUGAUUCAUGCUUUCAUUAAGAGAUCUGAAGCGGAGGAGGUGGAUUUUGCGGGGUGGCUUUGUUCAACCAUAGGCCUUAACCAACCAAGCACACCCACACAUGCUGCUGGAGUCUGAGUGUGGAAGAGCAACUCCUGUACUGUACAUCUGUUAACAACAACGCUAUUUUGGUCCUCUUCCCUCAGCUUGUACCUGUUCAAACACGUAUUUCACCUCUUAAGGAAGAAUGUCUCUCUAGCAUGUGCCAAAUGGUUUUAAACUUUGUCAUAACAAUAAUUGGUAUUGUAUUGGAUGACGUUCGUUUCCUGACCAAAACGUUACAGUGCUUGCUGAUUUUAAGUGAUUAUGGAUAUUCUUUCUUAAUGACAAUAUCACUUGGGGGGUGGGGAGGAGUCUUCACCUCCAGCUUGUUUGAACUUUUCUCAAGAUUCUUCGUAAAUCGUUGGUACUUCAAUCAUGCUUAACCUAAUCUCCCCUGCAGAAAGGGUUAGGGAUGCUCCAAAACUCUAUCUGUCGAGCAUGCUUUUGCUGCUGCCGCCAAACUGUAUCUGAAAGCCAGGCCUGGUGGUUCCGGUUUU